AGACUGGUUUUCUCUCUUCCUCUUUUUUUUUGAUCUCCUCCUUCCCUCUCACGUCGUUUAUCACAACCGCGUCGCAUUGCAAAGCGCCGUCGUCUCGGCAAAGGAAAAGCGUUGCGACGCUGGAGGCAAAAAGCUGGACUUGAGAACUCAACAAACACACUUCCAUUUUGACAAUGGCAUCAUCAUCCAGCGAGCAGAGCCAAAUGAGGUUCCUAGCCAUCGUCCUUCCCGUGCUCACCUUUUGCGCACAUGGCCUCCUCGCCAUGUCCUUUGCGCUGCCCGGCUCGGACCUCGACAGCGCAUACUUUCCCAUCACCUACAACCUGCUUGCUUGCGGUGCAAGCAUUCUCGGCUUGGUUGGCGCACUACGGGCAUCGCCAAGUCUGGUGUCAGCUUACACCCUGCUGCACACAAUGACUCUGUCAUUUCUAACAAUCGCAAUCGUCAACCUGGUUCUGCCAUGGGACUUCCGAACAUUAAAUCCGGUAACUCCGAGCUACACGGUCGACGUACUAGCCAUAUGCCGCGACAUUGAUGCUGGCUUUGGGUGGGACACCGAGUGGCUGGAACAGUGCACUAGGGGUCUUAGCACCGUCAAGUUUUGGUGUGCAGGCUUUAGUAUGGUCUUGAUUUUUGUGCAGUGGUGGGCUCUGAUGAGUGUACGGACGUGGGGGCAAGAGCAGCGGGCCCGGUCGCAGAGUACUCGAGGCGAUGUGGAAAAGGCCGGCCUUGGAGCCGACGAGAAGACGACAACUUAUGACCAAAAGAGUGGAUUGUAAAAUGACAUUAAAAUGAAUUAAAGAGUACAAGCGCAGAAAGCGUGACAU